CUGACAAAGCAGACAGCUUGCUGCUCUGUAUUGAUCAACCGUUCCAGAGCCAUGGCGACACCGCAGAGCUUGAAACAUCAGCGCAGUACCUCGUCAAGGUCUUCACGGCCACGAGCAUCGACUAAGGGACCAUUAGACUUACCUGACGAUGAUCCGCUCUCCUCAGACGAUCCGGCAUCUCCACGAUCACCUCAAAAGUCUCAAGCGCGUACUUCCCACUUGUCCAGCGAUGUUGGACCAUCUGAUUCUUUCGAUUUGAAAUCGCUAAAUGCUGAGAUUGAUAGCAUAUUGGCGUCGGAAAGCGUUACUUCAACCGCCAAAGACUUGUCGUUUCUCCUACGUCCAGAAAUAUACCACCCUCUCUCUCAGCUGGAAAUCCCGCCCGUCUUUCGCACUCCCUUUUACAGCCCCAGUAUAGAAGAACCUAUUGAGGUUUCAAUGGGUAUCCUCAAUGGCUUCCUCACUCAAGGUCAUUUUCUCCUAGCCGCACACCUGUGUGCAAUACUUUUGACCUCACCCGCCAUACGGCCUUUGGAUCGUCAAACGAUAUUCACUCUGUUUUAUACCCGUCUUGCCUGUCUUGAGUUGACUGGCAAUACAGCCUUUGCUGCGCAAGAGUCUAAAGCCUUGGAAGAUUUGCACUCAACCUUUUAUUAUGUGGAUACAGACCUCGAAGUUGCUGGUGACACCAAGCCCCAGACACGAUAUAGAAAUUCGUAUCAUAUAGUGCCAUGGCCGUUACGGGUCCUUGCGGUUCGACUACAGAGUAUCGGGUUUGGAGACUCACGCCGAGGUAUCACCGGCUUGUACGAGCUGGGCUUUGAAGCACGAGCAGAGGCUAUGCGGCCAGGGCUGGACAAGGCUAAAAAGCAGAUAUGGCAGGAGAGACUUUCGGACCUAGGAAUUCGUAGUGUUAAUGCACUUGUGGAGAUGGGCGACCUGGAUGCAGCACAACGUUCCCUGGGCAGUCUCGGACUCGGCGAUAGCGAUGCCAUCAAAGUUAGGGCCGGUCUUCUGGCUCUACGAAUCGGAGACAUAACCACAGCUAAAGACAUCUUAGACAAAUCUAGUGUUUUACGGGAAGGUGUCCUCAAACCUUUAACAAGCAUGGCUGAUGGCAAUUAUGAUGAGGCCAUCUCGGAGUGGAGAACGCUGCUUGAAACGUCGCCAAAGUCUGCGGAGCCUAUGAUCGUGCAAAAUCUCGCCGUAUGCUUACUUUACACAGGUCAAUUGAAUGAGGCUCGAUCGCUCUUGGAAUCUCUUAUUUCCGCAAACCAUUCCUUCCAAAGUCUCACGUUUAAUCUCGCUACGAUAUAUGAGCUUUGCUCUGACAAGUCCCGAGAUUUGAAAGUGCGGUUGGUGCAGGAUGUUUCCAAACAUCCACAUACCGGAGAUGCCAAUGUCGACCGAACCACGUCUGAUUUUAAACUAUGAGAAUAUUCUAUUUCAAACGCACAAGGAUGACAUUACAGGGCCUUUGUUUCCAGCUAGAGCCUGAUGCAAUCCCAUGAAGCAGAAGAGGAAUUGUAACCGGAAUGGGAAUGGGUCCCUAACGCCGGUAAUAAAAUUUAAAUGAUCUACAGCCGGA